AUGGCAGAACCCCAGUGGCGGUUCCUCCAGGCUAAAAGCCUAUCCAUCAAUCUUAGUGCCAACGAGAUCGCGGCGAACCAAACUGUCGGGAACGCUAAGUCGACACUAGAUCAGCAGCGUUCCAUGCCCGAAAGGGGCAUGGGCGGUGACAUUGUGUCAGCGUGGUAA